AUGGAGCCCGCCGUGUCGCUGGCCGUGUGCGCGCUGCUCUUCCUGCUCUGGGUUCGCGUGAAGGGGCUGGAGUUCGUGCUCAUCCACCAGCGCUGGGUGUUCGUGUGCCUCUUCCUCCUGCCGCUCUCGCUCAUCUUCGACAUCUACUACUACGUGCGCGCCUGGGUGGUGUUCAAGCUCAGCAGCGCGCCGCGGCUGCACGGGCAGCGUGUGCGGGACAUCCAGAAGCAGGUUCGGGAAUGGAAGGAGCAGGGCAGCAAGACUUUCAUGUGCACGGGACGCCCCGGCUGGCUCACUGUCUCGCUGCGGGUCGGGAAGUACAAGAAGACACACAAAAACAUCAUGAUCAACCUGAUGGACAUUCUGGAGGUAGACACCAAGAAACAGAUUGUCCGUGUGGAACCCUUGGUGACCAUGGGUCAGGUGACUGCCCUGCUGACUUCCAUUGGCUGGACCCUGCCUGUGUUGCCCGAGCUGGAUGACCUCACAGUGGGGGGCUUGAUCAUGGGCACGGGCAUUGAGUCAUCAUCGCACAAGUACGGUCUGUUCCAACACAUCUGCACCGCCUACGAGCUGGUCCUGGCUGACGGUAGCUUUGUGCGAUGCACACCGUCGGAAAACUCAGACCUGUUCUACGCUGUGCCGUGGUCCUGUGGGACCCUGGGCUUCCUGGUGGCUGCCGAGAUCCGCAUCAUCCCCGCCAAGAAGUACGUCAAGCUGAGGUUUGAGCCAGUGCGUGGCCUGGAGGCUAUCUGUGACAAGUUCGCCCGUGAGUCCCAGCGGCCGGAGAACCACUUCGUGGAAGGACUGCUCUACUCCCUGGAUGAGGCCGUCAUCAUGACAGGGGUCAUGACAGACGAGGCAGAGCCCAGCAAGCUGAAUAGCAUUGGCAGUUACUACAAGCCCUGGUUCUUCAAGCACGUGGAGAACUACCUGAAGGCAAACGAGGGGGGCCUGGAGUACAUUCCCUUGAGACACUAUUACCACCGCCACACCCGCAGCAUCUUCUGGGAGCUCCAGGACAUCAUCCCCUUCGGCAACAACCCCAUCUUCCGCUACCUCUUUGGCUGGAUGGUGCCUCCCAAGAUCUCCCUCCUGAAGCUGACCCAGGGAGAGACCCUGCGCAAGCUGUACGAGCAGCACCACGUGGUGCAGGACAUGCUGGUGCCCAUGAAGUGCCUGUCGCAGGCUGUGCACACCUUCCACAACGAUAUCCACGUCUACCCCAUCUGGCUGUGCCCGUUCAUCCUGCCCAGCCAGCCGGGCCUGGUGCACCCCAAGGGAGAUGAGGCAGAGCUUUAUGUUGACAUUGGAGCCUAUGGGGAGCCGCGGGUGAAGCACUUUGAAGCCAGGUCCUGCAUGCGGCAGUUGGAGAAGUUCGUCCGAAGCGUGCAUGGGUUCCAGAUGCUGUAUGCCGACUGCUACAUGAGCCGGGAGGAGUUCUGGGAGAUGUUCGACGGCUCCCUGUAUCACAGGCUGCGGGAGCGGCUCGGGUGCCAGGAUGCCUUCCCCGAGGUGUACGACAAGAUCUGCAAGGCCGCCAGGCACUGA